CCAAAUCACAGAAACGUCACUUUUGAUUUUUGAUCAGCAGCAUGUACAGCGCGUCGCAAUGGGCGGCCAUCGGCCUUUCCUUGGUGGCGUGCGGCGUCGCAAUCUUCUACGCGGACGAGCUCUCCCGACUCAUCCCGGUGGACAAGGCCAGCUCGACGUCGGCAUUCACGGACGCGGAACAUGCCCUCUUCCUCGCGUCCAUGGAGUACCAUGCGCGUCCGAAAGCGCACCACACCAAGAACAGACUGGCGUUCUGCUGCUCCGCUGACGUGGACGUCAGCAUCCGCGCCACAGACCUCAUGGAAAAGUUCGAGCACAGUCAUGAUAUCGUGCCUCGUCACCACGAGCGGAUCAACUCGAACGUCGAACUCAUGGAGAGCUUUGGACACUACUUUUCCCAAGGCGCUGCCGCCGAACAGAGCAUGUCCUCUGCUGAAGCGUUUCAUCAAGUCGUGCAGCUGGCCAAGUCCAUCCCGACUGUGGAAUCGGCAUUAGGCGGGAACGCGGCUCAAAUGGCACAGCGCGCCGCGUAUGAAGGCUUCGAGGUGCUGCUGGGAGGUGCUGUGGGAACUGACAUGCGCACGCUGUUCCACCCGAACGUUCAAGUGGUCGGGAGCGUCGAGGACGGCGGCCAAGAAGACGUGCACCUGGUGCUCGAGUACGCCAAAGGCGACGCCGUCAACAACCUCGUGUCCCCCCGAGCCAAUCGGUACUAUCUCAACCACGACGUGUACAACGCCCGACUGUCGGUGCUGGAGGAGUUUGAUCAAGCUCUCACAACGUUCAAUCCCAACAUGGUGGUGAUUGGAGGGCUGCAAUUGAUGGAAGUUGACACCGACGAAGACCGCCGAUACAGCCGCUUGAAAGAUUUGUCGGCGAUGCUCCAGCGCAUCACAGCCACCAAGUCAACGCUCACGCAUUAUGAAUUCGCGGCGGCUUCAGAUUUCACAUUGUUUGACGACACGGUCAAGUUGGUGCUGCCUCAUGUGCAUUCAAUUGGAUUCAACGAACAAGAGCUUGCGAUUUUGCACCACUUUCUCAUGACAGGCGAAGAGCUCGUGACAACGUCGUCUCGACCGAGUGUGGCGACGGUGACCUCCCAGUUGGCUGACGUCAUCGCCUACGCCGCCCAAGCCGCGUCCAUCCACCAGGCAGACCCGGCGGCGGCCGCGCCGUUGCAUGGCCUCACGCGGCUCCAUUUCCACACGUUGCAGUUUCACAUUUUGUGCCAGAAGCGCGGCAGCGGGUGGGAGAACCCCAUGACGGCGCUCAUGCAGGCGGCGCUCAUCAGCUCCAAAUUGGCCUGUGGCGAUCGUUCCCGCGGGGUAAAAGGCGCCGACAUCUCCAUCGUCCCGUCCUUGGUCGAGAUUUUGCUCCCACGGUCGACGCCCCUGACGGCGUCCGGUAUUACGUGGGACAUUGAUCCGCGCUCUCCCACUGCCACGUGGACGGAAGGUACGAUGCUGAAAUAAUAUAUUUAAUUGGCAUCGUAAAAUCUUCGAUGACGGGAUAAUAUUAUGCUUGCUUUGUCUUAUUUUCAGGAUAAAGUAUUGGUUUGGGUACUGCGUAGUAGUAGUAUCAGCAGUACUGUGCGUUGGUCGUAUCGUAAUUUUGACCGCUGGGAGCGCACUAUAUAGUGUGACUAGUGUUCUAGUUGUUUGGUGGAAUAAAUCCUUAAAUGCAUCUGAUUGAAGUGUGGGGAUCAUACAAUUUUGUGUCGUUGUGAUUAAUAUAUAUAUAUAUAUAUAUA